AUGCCACUGUUGUACGGGCCUGGGCAGGAAGCAGAUAGCAGGGAAGACUGGCGUGAUCAAGACGUUGAGCCUGGAUAUGAGCCUGGAUACAAGUCACAAACCUCCAGUACAUCAUCUGACAAGAAUGCUUUAUCAUCAAGGAAUGGAUGUAGGACAAACACACAAGAUAAUUCACGGACUGUGCAAUCAUCUGGAAGGCCAGGGAAUAGUGUUUGUCUCGGCGUUGAAGGGAAGGAAAUAGUGGGCACACUGGAUACCAAGAGCACCUUCCCAUCAGCAGCAACACCUCAUACUGGCAGUCUCGAUCAUCCCACAGGAGCCGCCGGCAUCGAUCGAGAAGAGCUCGUCCGGAAGUCCUGCACGAGCUCGAAUACCACUCUCAUGGACACGCCACACCAUGCUAUCCCACUGCCCGUGAAGAAGUACUCUUCUCGUUUCUAUCGCAACCUACGCUAUACCUGGCUGAUAACAUAUCACCGCCUCAACAUCCUGUGCCUACUACCUAGUUUAUUGUCGAUGAUCCUGCUCGGUACUGUCGGAAACCCUCGACUCCUCCAACGACCGCUGUCGACCCUAGCCGCCGCCAGCAGCGCCAACUUCCUCGCCGCAAUACUCGUCCGACAAGAGCUCGUGAUCAAUGCUCUUUUCAUCACUGCUGGAAAAUGCCCUCAAUGGUGGCCGCUUCGGCUCAGAAGGCUCGUGGCGAAGAUAUACCACCUCGGAGGUGUGCAUAGCGGUGCAGCCAUUGCCGGUACUGUCUGGUUUGCAGUCCUAUCUGUUGCCAUCUUCAAGAGCUCGGAUCUACCGACUGGAACAACACGAAACGUUCUGCUGUCGAUUACUGCGAUCUUGGACACUCUCCUGGUCUUGAUAGUGGCUACGGCAGAACCACACUUCCGGCAGCGCUUCCACGACUACUUUGAGUGGUGCCAUCGAUUUGCGGGAUGGGCUGCCAUUGCUCUAUUCUGGGCUCUUUUCGUUCUCCUUACCAUAGUAUCCAGCGAAGCACCGAACUCCGAGUCGCUUCGACAUUUACUGAAGAGCUCUCCGACCUUCUAUAUGCUCAUAGCCAUCACGGUAUGCCUCAUUGCGCCAUGGCUGAAUCUGCGACGGGUGCCGGUAACGGUUGAGAAGCUUUCGGACCACGCCGCUCGUCUACACUUCACCUAUACCAAUGUACCAAUGUGUUCGGCGCCGCGAAUUACGGACAAGCCUUUGCGGGAAUGGCAUGCGUUCGCGUCAAUACCAGAAGACAGCGGCAAGGGAUUCUCUUUGCUCGUGUCCAGAGCCGGCGACUGGACCGGAAGGAUCAUCGAAGAGCAGCCCGCGUACCUCUACAAGCGCGGCUGGCUAGCACACGGCAUACUGCAUAUCGCCCCAAUCUUUAAAUCCACCGUCAUAAUAUGCACAGGCUCCGGCAUUGGUCCAGUUCUUAGUCUGCUCGUGGGCGCGCCACAUCUCGAGUCUCCUCGACUCAUUUGGAGCACGAAAAAUCCUCUCGCAACUUACCAGAAAGAGAUCGUCGACAUGGUAUACUCUCGAGAUCCUCAAGCGAUAGUCAUCGAUACCGGUAUCAACAAGCGCCCAGACCUCGCGCAGCUGGGCUAUCAUCUCUACAAGGAGACCAAAGCAGAAGCGGUCUUCGUCAUCUCGAACAAGAAAGUCACUCGGAAAGUGGUAUAUGCGCUAGAGACGCGCGGAGUUGCCGUCUUUGCGCCCAUCUUCGAUUCAUGA